UCAUUGGAACCUUGUCCAGUGCUGUUUGUUAGUGAGCAAGCUAGCUAUUAUACUUUGCAUACUUGGGUAAAUACGUCACCCACGUGACGUCCGUAAACUUUAUCGUACAUACGCCCAGCAUUAUCCUACUGCGACGUUGCUAAUAAUUCCGUGAAAUUUUUGGAUUUUGGAUUUCCAAACGAAAUGGCAUCCCACGUUACCCGGGAUGCUACCGGGGCCGGACCGUCUUCCAGUGGACGAGCCGACCAGGAAAGAGUCGUCCAGAUGCAGGCACAAGUCAAUGAGGUCGUUGGCGUGAUGCGCAACAAUGUCGCUCUGAUGUUGGAAAGGGAUCAGAAACUGUCGGAAUUGGAUUUACGUGCAGACGCUCUUGAACAAGGAGCUCAUCAAUUUGAGAGACAAGCCGUCUCUUUAAAGAGGAAAUUCUGGUGGCAAAAUUUGAAGAUGAUGAUCCUUCUCGUGGUUGUGAUCAUCGUGGUCCUUAUCGUGAUUGGAUUCGCAAUUUGGGGCGGGUCGAAAGGAUCGGGCAGCAGUAAUAAUAAUCCGGCUCCAUCAAAUCGAACAGUUUCAGGAUUGGACGGGGACGAUGACCCGCCGAAGUGAUGCUUUCAAUAGUGACUGGUCAAAAAAACUGCAAAAAACUGCAUAUACAUAUACAUAAAUACGUAAUUGUUGAUUAAAUUUCAUUUAAUUAUUUUUUCGGAGUUGAUCUUGUACUUGAUUUGCAUUGCCCGAAAAAUGAUUAAAAUUUAAUUUGUUUGCA